AUGCCGAAAAAUUCUGGAGCGCACAAAGGCAAACGGCAUCUACCGACCAAUAAAAGGAAAUAUCUGGACUGCGUUAUUAAGGAGACAAUGCGUCUUCACCCACCAGUUCCUAUAAUCGGAAGAUAUAUUCCCAACGACGUGCAGAUUGGGGAGCAAACCAUUCCAGGCAACACGAAUAUUUUUCUGAUGCCCUACUAUGUCCUGCGAGAUCCUGAAUACUUUCCAGAUCCCCAGACUUUCAAGCCCGAACGAUGGAUGGAUGGUGAAAACGCUUUGCUUCCCAACUUUGCAUAUAUUCCAUUUAGUGCAGGUCCCAAGAACUGCAUGGGUCAGAAGUUUGCCAACCUCCAAUUGAAAACUCUGAUUAGUAAGGUCAUACGACACUUCGAAUUACUUACCCUUGGAAAGGAGCUCAAGGCUACAUAUACAUUUAUAUUGAGUUCUUCCUCGGGAAAUAAUGUUGGCCUUAUGCCCAGAUGUUUUUGA